AUGGUGCCACCUGGAGGCGGUGGCGAGGAGUCUCUGGUGCCGCCCGGAGACAAUGGAGAGGAGUCUCUGGUGCCGCCCAGAGGCAACAGCAAGGAGUCUCUGGUGCCACCCGGAGGCGGCGGUGAGGAGUCUCUGGUGCUGCCCGGAGGCAACGGCGAGGAGUCUCUGGUGCCGCCCGGAGGCGGCGGAGAGGAGUCUCUGGUGCCGCCUGGAGGCAACAGCGAGGAGUCUCUGGUGCCGCCCGGAGGCAGCGGAGAGGAGUCCCUGGUGCCACCCGGAGGCGGCGGCGAGGAGUCUCUGGUGGCGCCCGGAGGCGGCGGAGAGGAGUACCUGGUGCCACCCGGAGGCGGCGGCGAGGAGUCUCUGGUGCCGCCCGGAGGCGGCGGAGAGGAGUCUCUGGUGCUGCCCGGAGGCGGCGGAGAGGAGUCUCUGGUGCCGCCCGGAGGCAACAGAGAGGAGUCUCUGGUGCCACCCGGAGGCGGCGGUGAGGAGUCUCUGGUGCCGCCCGGAGGCAACGAAGAGGAGUCUCUGGUGCCACCCGGAGGCGGCGGCGAGGAGUCUCUGGUGGCGCCCGGAGGCGGCGGAGAGGAGUACCUGGUGCCACCCGGAGGCGGCGGCGAGGAGUCUCUGGUGCCGCCCGGAGGCGGCGGAGAGGAGUCUCUGGUGCUGCCCGGAGGCGGCGGAGAGGAGUCUCUGGUGCCGCCCGGAGGCAACAGAGAGGAGUCUCUGGUGCCACCCGGAGGCGGCGGUGAGGAGUCUCUGGUGCCGCCCGGAGGCAACGAAGAGGAGUCUCUGGUGCCGCCCGGAGGCGGCGGAGAGGAGUCUCUGGUGCUGCCCGGAGGCGGCGGAGAGGAGUCUCUGGUGCCGCCCGGAGGCAACGAAGAGGAGUCUCUGGUGCUGCCAGGAGGCGGCAGCGAGGAUUCUCUGGUGCCGGCCCGAGGCUGCGGCGAUUAG